ACAUUGACAUGCAGUCUAGACUUGCUCCUAUGGUGGCAGUGAGUUGCUGCUUUCCUGCAUAGUAUCUCAGGGGUUAAGUCAAGGUAUUAGGUGGCUCAGGUGUGAUAGCUAAUGGGGUUUUGGUUCACUACAGACAUUCAAACAAGGCAAAGCAUGGCAAGUCCUCCAUUCCACUUUUUGUGAAGAACGCUGAGGAUCUUCGCAAUGCUACCAUGCUUGGUAGUAUGUCAGGUCCUUGUUUUCCUUGUGCUGGGACAACAAACUGAUGAAGUUUACGCUGGGAGUCUGGAGGAUGAUGGCGAUAAAAAUGGUAUCCAGGCUAUUGAAAGUGAAAACCAAGUCAAUGUAGGGUUUGAGCCAAGUUCAGUGCAUACCUUUAUGGCAGAAAAGAGCUGUCUCGUCAAGUUAAGAAAAGAUUUUGGCACCUUUUACCCUCCUGUGGUUUAUGGGAAUACUAACAUUAAUUUGUGGUGUAACUGGACUAUUUUAGCUGCACCAGGAAAACACAUUGUAAUCUACAUAGAUGGAUUUCAAACAAACACAAACUGCGAUGACAACCGUGCCCAAAUAAUUUUUGAAACGUUUUCAUCAUCUGUUGAAUCCACCAUUGUGUCUGCUUGUUGGAAUAAGCCUACACAUGUUUUUGCGGCUCAGGCCCUUGCAGUCAAUGUUAUACUACUAUGGCAGACAUUUUCACUUACUGAUUCACUCAAAUAUUUUAAAGGACGAUACUAUAUCUUUGAUGACCCUGCUGCUGGUCUAAAUGCUCAUUUAUGUAAAUGUUCAUUAAAACCAUAUACGUCUGUGACUGUACCAGUUGCAACAGUACUUGGAAUCCCACCAACAAAUGUACGUCCAGUAUAUUCUUCUCUACCUUCAACAUUGUCUACUAGCAAGUUGCCUUAUAUUGGCACCAAGGUUUCUGAAUCUUACCAUGACCGAGACCAUGAAGUUGCAAUUGCUACUUCCCAGCCACCUCUACGUGUUACUCACUAUUUAACUGAAGGUACCUUUGCUAUUAACUUGUCAAAGGAUGUUCCAAGCACAGUAGUACAGGUUCCUUCCCCACCAUCUAAGGUUGUCAAGCCACCCUCCUCACAUUCUUCUGUCAUGGAUGAAGACAAACCUAUUGAUAUAGAGACCACAGAAGACCUACAGCCAAGUUAUGUGGGGCAGUGGGAAACUACAUCUCAAUCAGACUGGAUAUUGGGAAAAACACUUUCUAUGUCAGAAACACCAGUGCCAAGUACAGCACAUAUUGAGAUUCCUGUGGCACCCCAUUUUAGUGGAGCUCAUGAUUCGGAGCUGCGUGUUACUCCCCAUUUCAGCACAACCUAUCUUACCGAUCUUCCAAUGACUGUGCAUUAUGGUACUGCACAUGUUGUUGGGCUACAUAAGGCUACUCCUACAAGGAAACCCUAUACUGCAAAGCUUCCAAAAACUCCACAUUUUGGAAUAUCUCAUACUGAGCCCGAUGGGACAGAGCAAUUCAGCGAAACCAAUAAUAUUCAAGUUUCCACACCUUUUACUGCUGCUCUUUUAGCUGAGCUCACUAAAAUCCAUCAUUUCAGUGAAGGACAGUUUAUGAUGACACCACCAGUUAGUGCAGCCCAACAGACUGAAUUUCCUCGGGAUAAUGUUGCAAGUAUUGUCAAAAGACCUAAAAAACCUGCUGUUAAUGCAACUGCUGAAAGUAUGAAACAUGACUUUACAGCUGACGGGCACACAAUAGAAACCUCAACAGCAGCUCCCCUUAUUUCACCAGCAUGGUUUUCGUCCAAAUUUCCAACAAGUCAAGAGGGUAUUUCUCAUCCAAAGCCUCAGGCCUUGUUACCAACAACCAAGUCAUUGAGUAAGGAACGUGGUAGCCAGACUGUCACUGAACCUGAAAAAACUCAAGUUUUUCAGCCUGUGUCAUUUAGUACUGUACAUCUUGAAAAUAAUUUGCAAAUAGGUAGGACUGUGAGUGCUGUGCUGGGAUUUCGUAUAAAUGUUCUUGGCAGCAGCUACUCAACAAGCCUUCCAGCAGCUAAACAGAUAGUUAGUGGCUCACCUCCACAGAGCAAAGUGCUGGUCUCAGGUCAAGAGGGAGUCCCUAAAGAUGUGUCUUCUUCCUCUCAACCAAGAUUUGACAUUCAGCCCAAACUUUUUGGGAGCUCACGCCGAAUUACAGAAACCAAAAAGGAAGGCACUCUUAAAAGGAACAACGUUUCAACAGUCCCAGAAAAUAACAUUUUACCAACUGAGGAAUACAAGUCUACAGAAAUAUUUUCAAAGGUUCUAGGAUGGAUUGGUCGUUGGUUGGUAAAUCCUAGCGGACAUGAUUCAGGUCAUGAAAAUAAAACGGCCACACAACCUGUAACAAGCACAGCCAUGCCAUAUAAAUCUUCCUCUACUCAGCUAUUGAUACAUUUUCCCUUACCUCUACCACAUUCACCAUCUGACAGGUCGCACCCAUCUCUGGAUGUAGAUGUUUUAAAAAAGAUCAAAAUGACCACUGCUGGCCAUAGUAAAAUUACAGUACAAAGUAAUGCAAGUCAUGCAAAUUAUAAUCUUGAUCUGAACCAAGAAAGUGAAGAUCCAAUGAGUGAUGACUUUGAUUUAUCUGGAAAUGAAACCGAUCUUGGAUUUCCUCAUCACCCUGGAGAUUCCUUAUUUAAGAUUACAGCUGAAAUACAGCACCAACAUGUCAUGUUGAGGGAAUGGGAGAAGGAACUUGUAGAUGUUGUCAAAGCAAAGAUUACAGAAAAAAUGACUUACAUUCCCAGUGGAGAGAAAACGCUUAUUCUAAAGAAAGUCAUACUGACAAAUCCAAAAAAGCUAACGCUGAUUUUUUGGCUGCGUCUACAUCUUGGAGAGAAGGGAAUGGGAAACUUCAUCAAGACACAAGUAAAGGCACUGGAGGGCCAGCUCAUGGGGAAAGUUGGUGCAAAGAUGGAGUCUCUUUCAGUUAAAGAUGUUAAUGAAUGCCAGCUUGGGAUACAGAACUGUGAUAUUAAGGCUCAGUGUGCCAAUGAAUUUGGCAGCUAUUCUUGUCAGUGUAUAAAAGGGUAUGAAGAUCACUCUCCCGCUGCUCCAGGGACUGUAUGCAUCGCUCCUCAGUCAGCAGAGAUUUACUCCCUAUCAGAACAAAUGGAAGUUCUAGUUGCCUCCCUUGGUGGUGUUGCAAUCACUUUGUUGCUUGUUAUUCUCCUCCUGUGUGUUGCCCAUCUUAGCAGACGUACCAAAGCUAACUUUAGACUGCGAGAGAGAUCAAAAGAAAAUCAAGAUGCUCCCUCUACAGGCGCAUUACCUGCUUCUCAGAGUCAGUGUGGCCAAAUGCUGCCCAGCCUUGCAAGGCACAAGUCACCCCGACAAAGCAAAGGACACUACACCGCCAGAGACACCUCCAGCACUCUGGAACUGACCAAUAUAACAUUUGAACAAACCGCAAUCUAAUGAUUUUGUAUUAAUGAACUAAAGGUAGAAAAUGGCCAUGUGAUGCAUACAUUAAACUAUGUUGGUAUUGUUUAA